UUAUUUAUUUUUUUGUAUCUAUAGGUUUUUGUUUUAAAAGGGGAAGCAGCUUUUUCAACUAAAUCUUCACAUUUUGUCAAAACAAAAUAUAAAAAAAUGUCAUUUUGGGACGAAUGGGUUGAAGAAGCACUUACAAGACUUGAUUCUAAGAAAGUGUUGAGGUCUCUAAGGCCCAUUCACUACCCACCAAGUAACCACUCAUUAGACAUUAGCAAUGAGGAUGCAUUCCAAGUGUUUGAUGGAAUGCGCCAAUGGGAUAGAGCUUCUGUUGAGAUACAAAUUGCUGAGUCUACUUUUCAAAGAUGGCUUCAAGAUGUUCCUAGCUCUGGUGAUGAUGAACUUUCAUUGGGCGACGAAGUUUUUGGUGAGGUGGGCCCAUGCCGUAAACCGCUCAGAAAGCUGCUUCUAUUCUCUGGGAAUGAUUACUUAGGUCUAAGCUCACAUCCAACUGUUGCAAAGGCCGCAACAAAGGCGGUUCAAGAACAUGGGAUGGGUCCAAGAGGUUCUGCUCUAAUAUGUGGAUACACAACUUAUCACAGACUACUGGAAUCCUGUUUGGCAGAGUCAAAAAAUAAAGAGGAUUGCCUGCUAUGUCCUACUGGAUUUUCAGCCAAUAUGGCCUUCAUGACAGUACUCGGAUAUGUUGGCUCACUAUCAGCUAUAAAUGAAACUUCUUUGAACGAUGGUGUUGCAAUAUUCUCUGAUGCUCUAAAUCAUGCGUCAAUAAUAGAUGGUAUACGGCUGGCAGAGCGGCAAGGAAGUGUGCAGGUUUUUAUAUAUAGGCAUUGUGACAUGGGCCACCUUAAUGGAUUACUGUCAAGUUGCACAAUGAAGAAAAAAGUAGUUGUGACUGAUAGCUUGUUUAGUAUGGAUGGAGACUUUGCCCCAAUGGUCCAGCUUUCCAAGCUUCGCAAGAAGCAUGGUUUCUUGUUGGUGGUGGAUGAUGCUCAUGGAACACUUGUUUGUGGCAAAAAUGGUGGGGGUGUGCCAGAAGAGUUCGGUUGUGCAGAGGACGUUGAUAUAUGCGUAGGCACUCUUAGCAAGGCUGUAGGUUGCCAUGGUGGCUUCAUUUCAUGCAGCAAAAGGUGGAAACAACUCAUACAAUCAAGAGGCCGUGCUUUUAUAUUUUCAACUUCCACACCAGUACCGAUUACUGCUGCUUCACAUGCUGCUGUGGUUGUGGCAAAAAAGGAGACAUGGCGUAGAAAGGCUAUUUGGAAUCGGGUGCAAGACUUUCGCACUCUGACUGGAAUUCCUAUCACAAGUCACAUCAUUUCUCUUAUAGUAGGAAGCGAAGAGCAAGCACUGAAAGCAAGCAGGCACAUGUUGAAAUGUGGCUUUCAUAUAACUGCAAUCAGGCCCCCUACGGUCCCGGCUAACUUAUGCAGGCUGAGAAUCGCUCUUAGUGCAGCACACACUAGAAAUGAUAUACGAAAGCUCACAACUGCGCUAUCUCAAUGUAUAAGUUUAAGAGAGAGUGGAUAUUUCUACACAAAUGGCGCAUCCAAACUCUAGCAUUCAGUAGAUGGCCGUUACCUAUGGACCCUCAACGACCAUUGAAGACCCCUACUCUGCAAAUUGAAUGUCAAGGAGCAUGGAGAGUAAUAGAUGUCGAACCUGACAUUCUGUGAAAACCAUUAGUUAAUAUUCUUUUUCGCACUUUUAGAGAGAUGCUUUUGACAUUUGACCAAAGAACAAUUUAUACUAACCAAGACUUGAGAUUGUUUUUACAUGCA